AUGCUUGGGGGUUACGGUCUUGUCGAUGAUAAAUUCAAAAAUCAAGAAUGGGUUUCACCAAGUCUCAACACUUUUGCUGAUGGUGCUCUUUAUCUUAAUAUUUAUGAGAUAGUGAAAUGGGAGACGGGACUUAAUAUCAAAAAAAUAUUGAAAGAUAAGGCAAGUUUUGAUCCGAUGUGGAGUCCGGAUGAGACAGUCAGUGGAAUGCAUGUCGUUAAACAUGGUGGAACAUGGCAAGGCUUUGAAUCGUAUAUAAUUCGAGUUUUAGAUGUAAAAGUAACAGUUGUUAUUUUUGCAAAUGCUGAUGUUGCAGAUGUAGAAGAAAUAGCGUCAAAUGUACUAGAAAUGUUCGAUUCACAGCUUGCUCUUAAGUCGGACGAAAAUGAAUAA